GACCUUUCAUAUAUAUAUAUAUAUAUAUAUAGCUAGCUAGGGUACGUAUAUGAACCUAUCUAGCUAGCGAUAUAUAGCUGUUAAGUAUAUAUAUAUUAUAGGGUAAAAUGGUAAAUACACCUUUCAUGGACUAUCAAAAAAUCAAGUGAUAUAAGAGGCACUUUUUAUUUAUUUCUUUUUAAAAAUUAAAUAGUUAAUUAGUAGCUAGCUAGGUUUUAUAAAACUUAACUACCAAUUAAAUAAUUAAGUACUUACCAUAUAUAAUUAGCCGUGUUUUAAUUAUGGUAAUUACUAUAAUUAAAAACCGGACUAAUUAUGGUAAACUAAAUAAUUAACUUACCGUAACUAUAGUAGCUUACCAUAAUUAAUUAGCUAGGUUAAAAACAUAUAUAGCUAUUUAUGGUAAUUAAGUUAGGUAAUUAUUUUAAUUAAUCAGCCAUUUUCUGACGUGCCACAUGUGAUACGUCAGAAUUUAUUGACGUGCCACAUGUGGCGCAUCAGCCUUUUUCUGACAUGCCACAUGUGGCACGUGAGCCCUUUUCUGACGUGCUACAUGUGGCACGUUAGAAAUUCUUGACAUGUCGCAUGUUGACACGUCAAGAAUUUAGAUCUGGCCACGGAUCCCCAUGCCAGCUUCUUUUCUUUUCUUUUCCCUCUUCUUUCUUCCUCCUCCUGGGCACAGCUCGCACAGCUCCUCCCAUUGUCAACGAUUUUUUUCACUGCUGACCACCCAUUCCUCCGCCAUCGCCGCACAUAUCCCCAGCUCCAUCUCACAGUACUCACUCGCUCACUCUCUCACCCGCUCUAGCUCGCUCUCUCUCUCUCUCUAACGGCCAAAUGCCGUACAUCUCCGUUCGUCCUCGCCGUCGCUGUCUUCGUCUUUGGCGGUUCCCCGGCCUUAGUUUCUCCAUCUCCGACCGCAGCUUCUCUGCCGAUUGGCGAAAAAAUGGACAAGAGUUGGAUGACAAAGUCUAGAGGUACGAGAGAAUACAGAGAUGGGUGUAAAUUGUUCGUAGAGUUUGCAGUUAGUAACUGUAGAACCCCUGAUGGAUUCAUCUAUUGCCCUUGUAAGAUUUGUAGAAAUAACCGGCGCCACCCACCAGGUUUCGUAUUCGACCACUUGACAGGGGGUAAAGGAGUAAUGCCAGAAUACACACUCUGGUACUAUCACGGUGAAAAGCAUGUACAGGGUCCUGGUACAGGCUCUAAUUCGAAUCGUCCGGCCGCAGAUGCGAAUGCAAGCGCAAAUCAAGUUAUGAGGUUUAGCGCUAUGAGGUUUAGACAAAUAACCAGUAAGAUUGUAAGGAGCGGAAAUUAUGUCCGAAUACGGGACGACUGGACGAAGGUACCGGAGUGUACGAAGGAGGAUAUAUGGGACGCUUUGAUGGUAGACUUUUUCGUCCCGCCCGAAUGCAAUAUGGUUGCCAUAAAGAAGAAUGCAUUUCGAGAUAUUGGCACCGAGCUGAGGACUUGGAGGCACGAGUUAAAAAAAGAUCUUGCCAUUCAGCCGGACGAUACUCCGGACACCGUACGGGCGAGAGUGGGGCAAGAAAGGCUCUCCGAGUACGACCCCUUCGACUUGGAGAUCUUGUUAGAUAAAUGGUGUAGCAAGAAGAACCAGGAGUAUGCUGCGCAUAUGAAGAGCUUGCGAGCAUUGAACAAUACGCCCCAUUGCACUGGGUCAAAGAGCUAUGCUAGGGUAACACAUGAGGACGAGAGGAUGGAGGAGCUUAUACCCACUGACCCUGCAGCAUCGUCGAGCGUGACAGAGAGGACGGUACGAUGGGCGUCGAACAACGCGUACGCCCAAGCGAUUGGAAAUAAACCUGAGUACGCUGGUAGGGUUCGGCAGGUUGGACCGAAUGUUCUACCUGUGCGGGGCACCAUACACUCAUACUAUACACCGUCACAGGCACGGUCACAGAACACUAGGCACUUUGCGGUCUCACAAGAACUUCUUGACAAAGCACUUGAGGCGGAGAGGGCACACUACAAGGCACAGUUAGAAGCGCGGUUGGCCGCAGAGCGGGAGCAGAUAGUUGCGCGAGUAGCUCUGCAAGUGGUUGCGAAUCUUGCGGAAAAAAAAGCUCAGAUGACAGCAAUGUUUGAGGCCCGUUUGCGCCGGCUCGAGGAAAUGAUGUGGUCGAGCUCCGCGCCCGAGGUGGCUCAUUACAAGGGAGCGCUAGACAUAGCUUCCCCACCCUUUGCGAUUGUGACAUCGUCGGUCGAUAGUGGAUCAGCUAGUGGCUAUCAUGGAGAGGAUGCUAUUGAUAUCGAUGACUUAGAUUGAACAAAUGGUUGACCAUUCACACUUGGUGUACAUAAGUUAUUUUGUUGAUGUAAUUGUAUUUGCGAUAGUUUUCUUGAUGUAGUUAGAUAUAUAUGAUAUCAGAGAUAGUUUUAUUGGUGUAUAUGUCUUUAUUUGUGAUUGGUGUAUAGUUUUAUUGUGUUUUGAAGCUGGUUUUGGUUGAUAGUU